UGAUUGAUAAGAGAAAAAUCAUCCGUCCUUUCAUCUCCCUUUUCCUAAAUUAAACAUAGUCUAAGAAUGUGUCAAUAACAUUAGCCCUAAUUUACCUAUUAUCCAAAAAAAAAAGAAAAGAAAAGAAAAGAAAAGAAAAGAAAAGAAAAGAAAAGACCAUUGGUUUCUCUUCCAUGUGAAGGUAUCCGGAGACACCAGGUAUAUGGACAAAAGAGCGGGUUGAGGCAUGGAAACCUAUUGUUGAUUCUGUUCAUGCCAAAGGUGGGACCUUCUUCUGUCAAAUUUGGCAUGUGGGAAGAGUCUCAAAUACAACUCAGCAUUUGGUCGUUACUACUACAUAUAGGUUUUCAACCCCAUGGGCAACCUCCAAUCUCUUGCACAGAUAAGCCACUAAAACCAAUAGUUGGAGCUAAUGGUGAAGUUGUUCAAGAAUUCUCACCUCCACGGCGUUUAAGCACUGACCAAAUUCCUAAAAUUAUCAAUGAUUUUAGACUUGCAGCAAGGAAUGCCAUGGAAGCUGGUUUUGAUCGAGUUGAGAUUCACGGGGCUCAUGGAUACCUAAUUGACCAGUUUUUGAAAGAUCAAGUGAACGAUCGAACAGACCAGUAUGGUGGAUCUGUAGAAAACCGCUGCAGAUUUGCUCUAGAAAUAGUCGAAGCUGUUGCCAAUGAGAUAGGAGCAGACAAGGUUGGAAUAAGACUAUCUCCCUUUCUAAACUUUUUGGAAACAGGAGACUCGAAUCCAAAAGCAUUAGCCAUGGAAAAAGGAAUCAAAGCAGUGGCUGAAAAUCAUGGAGAUCUUGUGGCAUUUGGGCGUUUGUUCCUAGCCAAUCCAGAUUUGCCUAGGAGAUUUGAACUCCAUGCUCCUCUCAACAGGUACAACAUAGAGACUUUCUACACUCCUGAUCCUGUUGUUGGUUACACCAAUUAUCCGUUUUUGGAGUACACUGCUUGAAUAUUUUCAUGAAAGAAGAUGGAGAAAUGUUCCGAUCUCUUAUGAUUAAUUAUCUCCAUUCCAUAUGCAGUCAUCAUCUACAAAAUGUUGUUUGGUUUCACCGAUUGUAUUAUAUAGACUUGCUUCAUGACCAUAGAAUAGGAUGAUGUUUUGUUGUCUUUAGACCUCUAUGUAUUGUGUAAACAAGUUAUAUGAAUAAAACACCUUCAUAAUG